GCCCAGCUCAACUUCCAGCUGCUGCACGGCUCAACAUGGCAUCAGGAGAUGAGCAAUACCACCCAAAGGAUGCCGUCAAGGCAGCCAUUAACGGCACGAUGAUUACAGGAGCUGCUGGGGGAUUGGUCUCGGCGAUUCAAAAUACCUUGACGAAGAGGAACGUAGGCGCAUGGGGGGUGUUUACCAGAUCGGGAGGCACAAUUGCUGUCUUUGCUGCUGUGGGUGGUACCUACGAGUUCACGCGACUUGCGUCUGCCAACCUGCGAGAGAAGGACGAUAGCUUGAACCAAGCAAUUGGGGGGUUCCUGGCGGGCUCAAUCUUAGGCUUAAGAGUUGGCACAACGCCCGCCGUCCUUGGAAUGGGUGCUCUGACAGCUGUAAUAUUGGGUGCAUACGAUUAUACCGGUGGAGGCUUGACAGGUUACAAGAAGAAUCCCGAGAUGGAUGAGUUUGAGCGGAAAGAACUGUUGAGAAAGAAUAGGCGGCGGCCCAUUGAGGAAACCAUUUCAGAAUUGGGAGAGGGGAGAGGUAUCUAUGGGCCAGGCUAUGACGAGCGAAGGAGAGAGAGAAUCAAGGAAAAGUAUGGUAUCGAUGUGCCAGCGAAGUCAUAAAUGUUCAUUGUAGUGGAUUAGAAGGAACAAUUAUCGAAUGGAAAUACGACUGCUACCAUCACCGGCUUUUUGCUUCUUUAUGACCGAG